AUGGGCGAAAAUUUGUUGGGAAAAAGUGAAAGUCGAGCUUUCGCGAAAAGCGUUUUUGCCACAUCAAGGCGAAAACAAUGGAAAUUGUGGCAAAAAUUACGUUAUUGUAUUUAUGUUGGUGUAAUUUUGCUAUUUUACACCAAAAUUCUGUUGUUUGACGGUGUCUGGCGAGGACGAGCUGAAAAAGCGUCUCCCAAACUGCAACAGUCAACUACCAGUAGGCAACUACUCAGUCUUGCGAGCAUAAGCGCCAUUGAUUUAGAGAAGGCGGCAGAAAACGUGAGUGAAGCAGUCCAAACGGUCGGCUCUCUGCAGUCGAAUUGCACCGCGCCAGCAAUCUUGGAAUUCCCCACAGACGGUUUGACGCGUACGCAGCGCCAACACGGCUGGAUCGCACUGCAUAUACUGUUGGCAUUCUAUUGCUUCUGGUUGUUGGCGAUAAUUUGUGAUGAUUAUUUUUUGCCCGCCAUCGAGUUGAUAUGUCAAGCCCUGCACAUGCAAGCCGAUGUGGUCGGCGCUACUUUUAUGGCUAUCGCCACUUCAAGUCCAGAACUCUUUAUGAACUGCAUUGGUACAUUCGUGACGAAGGGUGACAUUGGCAUUGGCGCAAUUGUGGGCUCGUCUGUUUUUAAUUUAUUGGCUGUGCCGGCAUGUUGUGGCCUCUGUGUGGCUCAAUACGUGCGCUUGGAUUGGUGGCCAGUGAGCCGCGAUUGCGUAAUGUAUUGCUUGGCCGUGGUAGCAUUAAUCGGUACGCUCUGGGAUGGCAAGGUGAUGUGGUAUGAGUCAAUGUUGCUUUUCGUUGCAUACUUUUUCUAUAUGGCAGUCAUGUGUUGCAACGAUAAGCUGGCUCAUUCAGCGCGUCGUCUCAUAUCCAGCUAUCGCCGUAAACUGCAUUUGGUGCGGCCCUAUCGGCAAGUUAACGAGCUAACGCCGCUAAUGGGUCAAGGUCAACGAAAUGGUCCCACUAUUGCCAACCAUAAAUUCGUAUCAGCGAAUAGCAUUAACAGUCUUGUACGUUUUAACGUCUCCAACUCCUCCACCCGACAAUAUUCCAGCUUGGAGGACGUUGAGAGUUGUCGUACUACUUCGACACAAAAUGACAACUGCAAUUUGACAGUCACAAAUAGUGGUAAGUAGUACAAUUAGAUAAUUUAUGACUGUACAGAUUCUGCAGCCAUACCUUGGCAACGCAAAGACGCUUCGUGGCUGCAUUUUCUAUUGCGUUGGCCCAUAACGUUUUUCCUGUUCAUAACUGUACCGGAUAGCCGUAAACAUCCGCGGGCGAAAUAUCUAACUUUGUUGGCAUCGAUUUUGUGGAUUGCGCUGGUCUCAUAUGUGGUGGCUUAUGCGAUAACGGUGAUAGGUGACACGCUCGACAUACCCGAUUCGGUCAUGGGUCUCACUAUACUCUCUGCCGGCCUGAGCGUACCAGAGGCUGUUUCCAGUAUCAUAGUCACGCAGCAGGGGUACGCCGUUAUGGGCAUCAGCAAUGCCAUCGGCUCGAAUACUUUCGACAUAUUGCUUUGUCUCAGCUUACCGUGGUUCAUCAAAGCCUAUUUUCUAUCCAAUCAUCUUGAUGAAAAGUGGGUGGCGCCCAACUCGGGUGGGCUCACCUACUCCAUGAUUUUUCUACUCGGUUCCGUAAUUUGCCUCUUUUUCACAUUACUAUUGAAUAGCUUUAAGUUGGAUCGCAAAGUCGGCUGGAUCUGUGCGAUUUUAUAUUUAUGUUUCAUCGUCUGUGCUGUUCUGAUGGAACUGAAUGUAUUCUUUCCGGUCAAUUUACCUGUGUGUGUGCAUUAG